AUGCUUUUGUGCGCUACGCAUGCCGCUCGUUUCCUCCUGCUCAGCUUGUCAUCCUAUCUUCACGUCGAAGAUGAUAGUCCUGUAGAAUGGCGGAAUUCUGUACAACUCUCAAAGUACCCUUAUGUAGGUCUUGCUGGUCUUUCACUGUUUAAGAACCUUGCAGUCCGAGAGACGUGUAAAGAGCCUCGCCAGUGUGAUGACAAGUACUGGGAUAGCGGAGAUUCGUUAGAUUUACUGGAUACGAUAGCUGAGACCCAGAUUACUUUGAAUCUAUUUCUUAACAACAAAUUCGGUUUGGCUGAGGAGAGAAUGGCGCAGCUUGCCGACAGAAGUAUGUACCAUGCGCUGGGCUACAACACUAUAGUGUUCAUCAAGGCAAUAAUGACCUGCGAUAAGGGAGAUCUGGAAAGGUCGAUGCAAGUCUCCAAAGACGCCUGCGCUGUUAUUGAACGUUUCCGCCAGAAGUUCUCUCUUAGUGAAACGUUUCUAAAUUUAGGAGGGAAAUUUUCAAGAAACAUUACUGAUGAAGAGCUGCAUGCUGAGCUAUGCUAUGCUGAGUCUCUGCUUGUUCGAGCGGCGUUGUCCUUCUUCCAGGAUGACAAUUUUGCUAGCUUCGUCAGAGGAGCUCUGCGUAUACGGAGCUGCUAUCAAAUUUAUAGGUACUGCGAACGUUUAAUGAUGGAUGAAAGUUUAUGGAUAGGGCGAGACUAUAGAAUUCGGGAACACUUUGAAGCAGGCGUUCGAAUGGGACUAGGGACGUUCAAUCUCAUGCUUUCAACACUUCCUUCAAAAGUGCUGCGACUGCUUGAGGUUGUUGGGUUCUCGGGUGAUAAGGUAAUCGGUAUGCGGGAGUUGCAUCGAUGUGCUGCAAUGACGAACACUUUGAUGGCCAACUUCAGCGUGAUGUUGUUGUUAUCAUGGCAUCUCAUAGCAUGUUUUAUAUUUGGUGCAGGCCAGCCCGAUCUCGCAUUAUGUCACCGUUUGAUGCCUGCCCUAAUAUGCAAAUACCCGAAGGGAGCCAUGGUGCUGUUUCUUCGAUCGCGUCUUCUGCUUGUUUCUGGUGAUAUUGAUUCCGCUAUUUAUUUUUUCAAUCAGUCCAUAGAAUCCCAACAAGAGUAUAAACAGUUUCAUCACGUCGCCUAUUGGGAAUUGCUGACACAAGGUGGAUCAAUGAAGGGGCCAGUCAUGGCUAGAUGGUCGAGUGGUUCUCGGCGGCAGAUGGAUAAGGGUUGCGGUUCGGACCCCGUCGGCAGCCAGCCAGGGCAAAGGCGGCUCGACAUAGACAACAGCGGCUCGACAACAGCGGCUCGACAUGACGGUGGCUCGACAAUGGAGUUCAGCGGCUCGACAUGGGCAGCAGCUCGACAAGCAGCGGCUCGACAUGGCAGUGGCUAUACAAGGAUGGUGAACAGUGGGACCCAACUAGUACCUGGAACAUGA